GGCGUCUAUGGACUUACCCCCGGACAAAGCGAAACUUCUACGCAACUAUGACCUGGAAAAGAAAUGGGAGAUUAUUUGCGACCAGGACAUGGUGCAGGCGAAGGACUCGCCGGCGCACUACCUCAACAAGCUCCGAACGUACCUCGACCCCAAAGCUUCCAGGAGUCACAGGAAACGAAAAAUGGUCGGCGACUCAACUUCGACGCAAGUCCUUAGGGACUUGGAGAUUUCGUUACGAACAAACCAUAUAGAAUGGGUGCGCGAAUUCCUGAACGAACAGAACCAGGGCCUGGACGUGCUGAUCGAUUACCUCAGCUUUAGGCUCAGCAUGAUGCGGCAUGAGCAGAGGAUCGCACUCGCCAGGAGCCAGUCCAGCGAUGGGAUCAACCAAGUAAAUACAACAACAUCAGAAUGCAGUGGACCAACAGAAACAGGGUCCACAAUGUCAGCAUCAUGGCGGCGGAGGGCGCGCAGUGCAGAAGCCGAGUGUGAAGGUGCAGCGAGCCCGGCCGUUGCCCGGCGACGGACGAGGCACGCUGCGCGGCUCAACAUGGGCGCCUCCACCGAUGAUAUACACGUCUGCAUCAUGUGCAUGCGAGCUAUCAUGAAUAAUAAGUAUGGCUUCAACAUGGUGAUCCAGCAUCGUGAAGCGAUCAACAGUAUAGCUCUCUCCCUGGUCCAUCACUCGUUACGAACCAAAGCUCUAGUGCUGGAACUCCUGGCUGCCAUCUGCCUGGUCAAGGGUGGCCAUCAGAUAAUACUGUCUGCCUUUGAUAACUUUAAAGAGGUUGUUGGAGAGCCCAGGCGGUUUCACACGCUCAUGGAGUACUUUAUGAAUUAUGAUAAUUUUCAUAUUGAGUUUAUGGUGGCGUGCAUGCAAUUUGUGAAUAUAAUAGUGCAUUCUGUGGAAGAUAUGAACUUCAGAGUGCAUCUACAGUAUGAGUUCACUGCGUUAAAGCUGGACGACUAUCUCGAGAGGCUACGGUUGUGUGAGAGCGAUGACUUACAGGUGCAAAUCUCAGCGUACUUGGACAACGUGUUCGACGUGGCCGCGUUGAUGGAGGACAGUGAGACCAAGACCGCAGCACUCGAGAAGGUCAACGAACUCGAAGAUGAAUUGGGACAUGCACACGAAAGAAUGGCGGCACUAGAGAGAGAAGCUAUAGCGAAGCUGGCGACGCUGGAAUCUGAGCUGGCGGCUGUUAGAGCAGAGAGAGACCAACUCGCUGAGGCUAGGAGACAAGUCGUAGAGGAGGUAUCGACGCUACGUCGCGCGCAGCAGGACUCACGCAACCGACAGUCGAUGUUAGAGUCCAAGGUACAGGAACUAGAGUCACUCACCAAGUCACUACCCCGGGGAGCUUCCAUGGGUGCUAUAUCCUCACACGCAUUAUGUAACGGUACUACGAACGGUCACGGUGCUUCUCCCCCUCCCCUACCAAACGGUGACACGCCUACAUCGAAGUGUCCCCCUCCCCCUCCCCCUCCUGCGCCAGCACCUCCUGCGCCUCCCGCACCCCCUCCAGCAGCACCGUGUCCCCCUCCUCCUCCUCCCCCUCCGCUGCUAGCUCCCGCACCCCCUCCCCCCGCACCUCCUGCACCUGGAUUAAUGGCACCCCCCAUGCACACGGACGCCAUGACCAUCAAGAGGAAGGUGGAUACUAAGUAUAAGCUGCCUACGCUCAACUGGAUCGCGCUCAAACCUAAUCAAGUACGCGGCACAAUAUUCAACGAAUUAGACGAGGAGCGUCCUCGCCGGCGGAUUAACUUCGCGGAGUUUGAAGAGAAGUUCCGGCUAGGGGGCGCCGUGGGGGCUCAGCCAGACCCCGACAGUGACACGCUCGCGUCGUUCCCCAGCAAGAGGUUCCGGAAACCUGACACCGUGUCGCUACUGGAGCAUACGCGACUUAGGAAUAUAGCAAUAUCAAGAAGAAAGCUCGACACACCCGUAGAAAAAGUGAUAGCAGCCGUCAACAGUUUAGACCUCAAACAACUACCACUAGAAAGCGUAGAGAUCCUUCAACGUAUGGUACCGACAGAGGCAGAACAAAAAGCAUACAAAGAAUACGUUGCAGAGAAAAAACCAAUAAACCAACUAACGGAAGAAGACAAAUUCCUAAUGCAACUCACCAAAGUAGAACGCAUAUCAGCCAAGCUCUCUAUCAUGAGUUAUAUGGGCAAUUUCUUCGAUAACAUACAUUUGAUCACGCCGCAAAUACAUGCCAUUAUUUCUGGGUCUUCAUCAGUCAAGUCGUCUACAAAAUUACGCAAUGUACUUGAAAUUAUUCUAGCAUUUGGUAACUAUUUGAACAGUAGUAAGCGGGGGCCGGCGUAUGGUUUCAAACUGCAGUCGUUGGACACGCUGAUGGAUACAAAGUCGACGGAUAAGAGAAUAUCUCUAUUGCACUAUAUCGUGGCUACGAUUAGACAGAACUUCCCCGAGUUGAUGAACUUCGAUACAGAGCUGUUGUAUAUUGAUAAGGCGGCUCAAGUAUCCCUGGAGAACGUGGCCGGCGACGUGUCAGAGUUAGAGCGUGGUAUGGAACUAGUUCGUCGGGAGGCGGAGGCCCGCGACUGCCUGCGGUCCGCGCCGCACGUACUGAGAGACUUCCUCGCCAACGCCAGCGACAAACUGCGCCGGCUCAGGGGGGAGACCAAACAUGCACAGGACUCGUUCGCAUCCUGCGUGGAAUACUUCGGCGAGGCGCCGCGUGGCUGCGACGCCAAUGCUUUCUUCUCGCUGCUCGUCCGGUUCACGAGAGCGUUCAAGCAAGCAGACGCAGAGAACGAGCAGCGCCGACGGUUGGAGCAGGCCGCGCAACAAGCUGACCACGUCGACCCCAACAAGGCCAAGCUCGUACAGAAGAAACAACAGGAGGCUGUAAUCAACGAAUUAAAAACGAAAUCUCAGGCCGUCGGCGAAAAGAAACUGCUUCACCAAGACGAGGUGUACAACGGGGCGUUGGAGGACAUCUUGCAUGGCUUAAGGAGCGAGCCGUACCGCCGCGCUGACGCUGUCCGACGCUCACACCGCCGUCGCAUCAACUCCCACCGACUGUCCAAGGGACUCGAGGAACUGGAUGUAUGAUACGAACUCGACUCCAGUGACGCACUGGAAUCCCCCGUACAAAACGCAGUCAACACGAUCAACGCUAGGUGCAACACAGACAAAAAGAAACGCCGCAAGGACCUAGAAAUGGUACACAAAAAACAGUCUAUAGCUAUCUAUAAUAUAGAGGACAAUGUGACUGAGUUCCCCCCCAGUGAGCCCAGGAAGAAGUCCACGUACCGCGUGGCCCCCGCGUCCAUAGACUGCGAGGUCGAGGAACGCUGCGAGCUCAUCAAGUCUACUUACGAAGUCAUUUCGAAGUACACGAGGGCCAUGUUUGAUAAACAAAACGAAACCGUCGUAUGAACGAUGUGCCUAUUUUAUAUUUCGCGUGUAUUGCACUCAUAUACUUAGUCUUAAAUAUAUAUUCAACGUUAUUGGCUUGUAGUUAAAUUGGCCUAAAAGGUACGGAGUUAUAAACGUCCAAUUACAGACAAUUCGAUUUUCGAAACCGUUAAGUGUUGCCAUUUUAAAAUAAUUACCCUGAAAGCCGGGUGCAAUAUAUGUAAGAGUAUACUAACUUUGAUACGCCUACGAUUCAUUCCAUUCCACACGCGACAGCGACAUCCAGUAUUUUGCUACGAUACCAUUUACACGGAAGUUUUUAAUUUUCUAUACGAAAGCUUAGCUUUUAGUAUUUUUAUAUGUGCCCAUAGCUAAUUCAGAAACUCAAUAAAAUACUUUUUAAUAGAACUGAGUCACGAAUCUCAAGCACAAAAUUAAAAAGAAUUGGACCAACUUUGAAUAUAGAAUUCCAUAGUGAAAUCUCGUAAAGCUAUGGGCAGUUAGUCCCGCUAGAUCAAAAAUGGCCUUUGAAAUUAGACGCACAGGUUUUGUACCGCGAUUUUUUCGAAUUUUAACAUAGAAAAUAGGUAUAAAUGUAACAGUGUCCUUAUAUAUGUACACAUAUACACAAAUAUGAACCAAUAAACGAUUUUUAGUAUAUAAUUGAUAAAUAUAGUAUGUAACAUACGCAUUUAUGAUAAUAGCAUUUUUACCUACUUGUGAUAGUUCAAAUUUCUUUUAUUAACGAUAUAAUACUUAUUGGCUCCCUUGUUUUCCUUUUGAAAUAAUACAGUGAUUAUUUCCAUGCAUAGUUUAAGUGUGACAGUGUUCUUAUUUCCUCUAUUGUGGACUUUAUUUCCUUGAGGUAAAGUUUAAAUUGUUGAUAUUGUUUCAGUAUGUGUUACUUGUAUGAAGUUAUAAAACAAAAACAAGGGUGUCUGCAUGUAUCUGAUAUUAGUCCUUACAUGACACUGUAGAUGUAUUAUUAUUUAUAUGAUUCUAUUCCAACUAGAUUAAGUUUUGUAUACAAAUAUUUUUCCCGAAUAAAAUUUAUAAUUUUUUGAUCUGGCAAUAAUCUGAUUUGAAAUUCGAAUAAGUUAAUUUAAUUAUUGUAAAUAUGUGUUCGUUUUUCUCCCUGUGAAAGUUCCAAUUUCAGAACUAUACACAUUAAAAUAGAAAAAUGUAAAUAUUGUAUUUUUUAUAUUAUUAUCUAUUCACUCAAGUUACUUGAG